AAAAAUGCUCGCGACAUAUGGAAACAUUGGUUUUCUAAAGGAUUUGGACAAGACGGCAAGACCAUAAACUCUGUGACAUGGUAAAACUCAAAUUACACUCAAGUAUGACAUGUCGGCUACACACUGGCUCUUUGUUGAAUGGGGACCCUAUUCUGACGGCGUGGAGGUGUCUGAGAAGCGUGGCGUUACGCGAUAUACCUUACUUGCCAACACACAGGUCGCAGUGGCUAUUUCGGCAAUAAAGGGGCUUCCAGCCCUCACGAGAUCCUUAUUUUAUAAGUCUUUGCUCUCGACUUCUGCUCAUAGAUUAUGGCAGUAGCUAGAGCAGUGAUUCAUCUUGUGGUAUGGGGAACUCUUAUGUCAGGGAUAGUUCAAGCGCAAAGACCUGGUAUAUGCCCAACGCUUCCUCCGCCUGAAGAGUGCCCGUCUACUCCAGACAAUGAAUGCUUAAACGACGAACAGUGCUCUAUUUCUCUAAAAUGUUGCUCGGAUGGAUGUGGAUUGAAAUGUAUCGAACCUCUACCUCCGACGCCACCGCCUAAAAGAGCUCUUGUAGUAAUUGGACCAGACGGUGCUCCAGGAUUUCGUGGUCGUAAAGGAGCUCGUGGACCACCAGGGCCACCAGGGGAAACUACCGGUACUGGUAUCAAAGGACGUGAUGGUCCUCGUGGUCGUCGUGGACGUCGUGGUCCUCGUGGCCUCCCAGGCCCUCCAGGUCCCCCCGGACCUGCUGCAGUAGGCGGGGUUCAAACAUAUCCUGGAGAAAAAGGUCCAGUAUUUUCACCUCCGAUUCAAUAUGCUCAUUCGGCACCAAUUGAGGAUAUACAAGGACCCCGCGGAUUACCUGGAAGUCGUGGACUGAUGGGAUUACAAGGCGUUCCUGGCCUUCCUGGACCCGAGGGAAAACCAGGAAUACACGGCUCCAGAGGAGAUCCAGGCCCUGUCGGUUUCAAAGGUGUACGUGGAUAUCAGGGUGAGCGUGGUAAGAAAGGCAAGAUAGGUCAGCCAGGAUUUCMUGGACCAAAAGGUAUGAUUGGAGAACCUGGCCGAGACGCUUUUCCCGGGAAAAACGGACACGAAGGCAGACGCGGUCGUGCUGGUCCUGCAGGUGACAACGGAGUGGAAGGAGAAAAGGGUACCGAAGGAGAAUCCGGUGAAGAAGGAGUACGUGGUCAAACUGGUCCUGAAGGGCGCAAAGGUCACGUAGGCCCUAUAGGUCCACCUGGAGUAAUGGGAUCAAUGGGACAUCGUGGACUACGCGGYCGGCCAGGGGGCAAGGGUCCAACCGGAAAUAACGGAGCUCCAGGAAAACCUGGUGUAGUUGGCGCGAAGGGUAAAGUGGGUGAAUCAGGAGAGAAAGGCUAUGCUGGUGUACACGGAGAGAGAGGAGAUCGAGGAGGUCGUGGUGUCAAGGGUGCUACUGGUAACAUUGGCAAAGCUGGAAUUCCUGGAAGACCUGGUGGCAAGGGAAUUCGUGGUGAUCGUGGAGGGCAUGGUCCUACUGGUGUAAGUGGACCGAAUGGACUACGGGGAUAUGAUGGCUCAGUAGGUUCACGUGGUGCCAGCGGAGAAAUGGGUGAUAGAGGAAAAAACGGAAUAGCUGGUCCCGUUGGUAACAAAGGACGAUCGGGAAGACCAGGUGGCUGGGGUAAAAGRGGACUUUCUGGAGGCCCUGGACGGAGGGGAGCACGUGGUGAUAUCGGGCCUGGGGGUCCUAUUGGUCUUCCGGGUGACAGGGGUGUGUCGGGUAUGCAAGGUCUCCAUGGCACCGAUGGACCAUCAGGUAAAAAGGGGGCUCGAGGACGACGAGGGCUACGAGGUCCUCGUGGAAGAAAGGGUGAUAGGGGUGAUACAGGUCCUGAUGGCGUCACUGGAGACAAUGGGGAAAGAGGUACUCGUGGUCGACAGGGCUCGGAAGGGCGUAUGGGAUAUCCUGGGCUAAUCGGUAAAAACGGUGACGAUGGGUCUCCUGGUGAAGACGGCCUUCAGGGAACUUCUGGACCAAGUGGUGUCGCUGGUCUUCCUGGCAAGAAAGGAGAUACAGGUGCCAGAGGAACAGUUGGCAAUCGUGGAAAGCGUGGUAGAGAUGGUCCCAAAGGCAAACCAGGCGAACCUGGACCAAUGGGAGAUGUUGGCAAACGAGGAAUAACGGGAGCCCCAGGACAGUUUGGUGAACAAGGUUUUGAGGGACCUCCUGGAGAUACGGGACCCAAAGGAAAACCAGGGAACACCGGAGCGCCAGGAGAUGAUGGAAAGACAGGCAUGCAGGGUUCCCGUGGCCUGGAUGGACUGACCGGAAAACAGGGAAGUCGAGGAGCGGAGGGAAGCAAGGGAGACCCUGGCGAUAUGGGACCGCAAGGGCUUUCGGGAAGACCUGGUUCAGCAGGACGUCAGGGUCCAGCCGGUGUAUCAGGUCAGCCUGGUGAGAUGGGGGCAGAAGGUGACAUCGGAAAGCGCGGUAAGAAAGGCCAGGCAGGCCAGGCAGGAAAACCAGCAGCUAAAGGCCAAAGAGGUGAACCUGGAAAAUCUGGAGGUGUUGGUCGCGAUGGAGAAAUCGGUUUAGCGGGUCUCCCAGGCCCUGACGGUAAACAGGGCGUGCCUGGUCCCUCGGGCGAAAAGGGCGAACCCGGUAAAGAUGGUAAGCGUGGACUUCAUGGUACCAUGGGGGAUCCCGGGGAACGAGGAGACAUGGGAGGGCCUGGAAAACAAGGUUUUAUUGGACCACCGGGUCCACCUGGUGCUAAUGGCGAACAAGGAACGUAUGGAGGAAAAGGCCUCAAAGGUGGUCAAGGUGAUAUCGGUGAUGUUGGUUUGCGUGGACCACCAGGACACUCGGGUGAUACUGGACCUCAAGGAUCCAAGGGAAGCACAGGUGAUCAGGGCGGUGAGGGUGAAGGAGGACCUCAUGGACCAAAAGGCAGGUCAGGGCCAGCAGGGGCAGAGGGCGAACCUGGAGUUCCUGGCAAAUCUGGUCCAGACGGACUUAAUGGUCGUAAGGGAGUUACUGGAGUAGCAGGUAUGCCUGGAGAAAGAGGAGACCCUGGACUAGAAGGUCAAGUUGGUCAAAUCGGUYCGCCUGGGAGCGGAGGCGACGACGGACCAGCGGGCGUUAUAGGUCCCAUGGGAAAGCCCGGCAAUCCAGGAUCAAGAGGAAGCCAGGGCUUACGUGGUUUGAAAGGACAAAGGGGUUUACGAGGCCUCGAUGGCACGAAGGGACCACGUGGCGAUAGUGCAACGAAGGGAAGCUCUGGAAAACCUGGACYAGAGGGGAAAACAGGAAAACGUGGAGCUCGUGGUAGAAAAGGCGAGGGUGGCGAAAAUGGUCCGUCUGGCUUUGCUGGURGUCCAGGCAAAGAUGGCUUGAAAGGAAUAAAGGGCGCAGAUGGAGCAACAGGAACYGCCGGMCAAGCUGGUGCACAAGGUGCCAAGGGGGAACAGGGAGGAACCGGUGUUCGUGGCCUUGCUGGUAUUGAUGGAAUGCCGCUGGUGAAGAAGGGCGUGUUGGUCCACGUGGAAUAAGGGGAAUUAAGGGACCUAUGGGGGAUGCCGGUGAAAAAGGAGAAUUAGGUCGACCUGGCGCAAGAGGUCCUGUUGGUUCUCCUGGUUCUAUUGGAUCCCGCGGAAAGAUUGGACCUCAGGGACCUCCUGGACCAUUCGGUAGUCGAGGUAAAAAGGGUGACCGAGGAACCCAGGGUCCAGAAGGACAGCAGGGUAAUAUCGGACCUCCUGGACCACCUGGAAUACCGGCCACUUUCAGCUCCCGUUUUUCGCUGGAGCAAUUAAGYCGUCCCGCUCUAUCAACCUCAAAGAGAGAAAGAGGACGAUUGUAUAAAAGCGUAACGGGAGCACACGCUAAAGAUCCAGAAUUUUUAGAUAUCACACGGCAAACCGAUCCUGUGGACGCAUUCCUUUCCCUUAGCAUUCAACUUCAAAUUUUCAAGAGACCUCUUGGUACCAGACUUUACCCUGCCAGAACAUGCCGUGAUCUUAAGUUGGGUAGGCCCGACCUUGAAAACGGUGAAUACUGGAUUGAUCCAAAUGAUGGAACAACAGACGAUGCCGURCUGGUUUUCUGUGAUUUUAAUCUAAACGCGUCUUGUAUAUUCCCCAAUAAAACUAUGACAGAGAAAAAGAAAUGGUUCUCAGGACCCGAUGGCUUCAAAUGGUUCGCCCAAUAUUUCAACGGCUUCCAACAAUUUAAGUAUUUCUCGGAUCCUAUACAACUGAUGUUCCUUCGUCUACUAAGCGACCACGCCCAACAAAAUGUCACGUAUCAUUGCCGUAACUCCGCGGCUUGGUACGACSAGGAGACUGGAGACUACAAUAAAUCCAUUAAACUUCAAGGACAUAAUGGUGUUGAACUGUAUGCAUCUAGUACCAAGAAAUAUAAACCCACUGUCUUAAAGGACGACUGCCGUAUUAAAGAUGGUAGUUGGCGCAAAACAGUGCUAGAAAUCGAUACAGCUAACACGCAUCGCCUUCCUAUCAUUGACGUAGCAGUCUAUGACAUUGGAGACGACAACGAAGAAUUUGGACUUGAAAUUGGACCAGUUUGCUUCUCUUGAUARUAAUAAAAUGCUCAACAUGUAAAACUUCGCGUUUUUCGCCCUUAUUUUUGUGUCGUUUAUCGCCCAUACAGGUUAAACUAAACAAUUUAGAUGUCAGUAGCGGCCUGAAAUAUUAAAACUCGAGAUUCCUGUGUAUAUAAACUCAAGACCAAGGAACUUUUCAAUUUAGUUAUUAUUGAAAUAAUAUCAAGUUAUUAAAAAUGGCUUUAACGUUAGAAAGACUGUUUAUACUGAACAUAUUAUAGUCAACGUCUUGGACUGGCUAUAUCUCUUUCGUCAUUUAUGUUGUGUAAAAGGAGUGAAAGAUAUGAUAUUAKUUGUUGUAUAUUGUGACAAUCGUUAAUAGGUCUUYUGCAUUAAACGGUCACAUGUUACUAAAUCCGCCACGCUGGAUGGCAAAAUAAUCCAAACAACCUCAAAAACAAAAGGAAAGUACCCCGUCAAUUUUAACUUUUCUUUGUUAUCCUAGUGGGUAUUUUGCCAUCCUGYAUGAUGGAUUUAGUUUCAUGUGACCAUUUCAUGCAAGCAGGGCUUAUUGUUGGUGCAACUCAACCUACUAAAUAAUUCAAUCGUCUAGUGAUUCAUUUCUCAAUAAGUACAWCAAGGGUUAAUAAAGAGUUUAUUAUUUA